AUGCGGUGCUUCCGAAGCAGCACCAGGAUGCUCCUGGCAAUAUGCACGCUAGCUAGCGGCUGCCUGGCGGCCCUCCAGCCCACCGACGUCCACAUCAAAGUGAUGGAGCGCACCGGCGACAAGCUCUUUUCAGCCUCGCCACAGUACCCCAACACAUUCGGCAAAGUGCCCGAAAUCACCAGCACAACGCCGCUCUCCGUGUCCUUCUCGGUCAAAUCCACCACGACCAACGAGGCAGUGGCGGUGGACCAGGCGUUUGUCAAUUUCAGGCACAAGGAGACAGGCGAUGAGACGGCGUUUGUGGCCAAGCGGGCGAGCGUUGGCGCAUAUCGGAUGGAUCUGGCGCGCAAGCACUUCCGCGCUCACUUUGUGCCCUCCCCGGGGCUCUACGACAUCUCGCUAGUGCUCGGAUCGUUCGCCGAUGGCGGCGUGCACUACGCGCUGGGAACGGUGCAGAUGUCCGCCGGCAAGCCCCAGCAGCAGCAGACGUCCGACACGGUGGUGUUUGGCGCCCGGCCCGAGAUUCACCACAGGUUUGCCGAGCCGCAGCGGAUGCCCAGUGCCGCUGUGUCGGUGGCGUUUGCUGUUCUAUGCGUGGUGCCGCUGGUGGUGCUUUUUGGCGUGUGGGCGAGGCUGGGCGUCAAUGUGGGCGGGCUGGGUGCGGAGCCGGUGGCUUCGGCGGCGUUCUUGGGGCUGGUGGGCGCGUACAUGGCGCUGGCCGUGGCGUACUGGGUGGGCGUCAAGCUGUUCCCGGCGCUGACGUAUGCGCUGGUGCUGGCGCUGCCGACGUAUGCGGCUGGCCAGGUGGCGCUGAGCCGGCGGGCGGCGGGCAAGCCUUGCUGA